AUGGACGAGUGCGCCAAGUCUGAGCGCGCUGCCGAGCACGUCGAGCAGACGAGCAUGGACGACCUUGAACAUCGAUCCCAGGCCGCUGCUCGCCAGGUCGAGUACGAGAAAAGCUUGAGCUUCUUCCAGACCGUUCGCAUAUUCUGGCGGAGCACUCUCUGGAUCCUUUACGGGCAGCUGGUGGUGUUUGGCUACGGCAUUGAUGGGAUCGUCGCCGGCAAUUUGCUCGCCAUACCCAGGUUCCGAGAGGACUACGGCAAGCUCUUCGGUGAAGGAGACACGGCCACAUACAUCAUCCCCGCGACCUGGCAGAGCCUCUACGGAGGCAUCUCUCAGCUUGGAGCUGUGGUUGGUGCAGCCCUGACGGGGUGGCUCGCUGACCGUAUUGGGCGGCGAUAUACCAACAUUUUGUCCUGCGCAGUCUCUAUCGUCGGCGUCGCAAUUCAAUACAUCUCAACUCGACACGGCUCACUCGCUCUCCUCACAGCUGGCAAGGCCGUAAAUGGCCUGUCUAUCGGUGCAUGGCUCGUAAUCGGCCCGCUAUAUGCCUCCGAAGUAGCGCCACUCAAACUUCGCGGCUGGCUCACGGCCAUGACCAACAUAAUCCAAUUUUCAGGAGUGCUUGUCUUUACUGGCGUCAUUUAUUGCCUAGGCCCUCGAAACGACCCAGAUGCAUACAUCAUCCCAUUCGCUUGUCAAUGGGCCAUCCCUGCGCUGGUACUGUUAACAGCCUGGUUCUGGCCCGAGUCUCCUGUCUGGCUCGUACGCACCGGACGCAUCGAUGCCGCGAAGCAGUCUUUGCAGCGUCUACACCAUUCAGAAUCUUCAAUCGACAAAGAAGCCAUCAUGUAUUUGAUCCAAGAAACGGUAGAGAAGGAACAGGAGUACCGCAAGACUACGGCAUCCGUUACCUAUGCGAAUUGCUUCGCCCCCAUCGACCGCCAACGCACUCUUAUUUGCAUGUUCAUCUAUGGGUGCCAGUACCUCUCUGGUUUGGUAUUUGUGCUAGGCUACCAGUCUUACUACUAUCAACUGGCGGGCUUUAGCGCCAAGAUGUCGUUUUUGCUGGGUAUGCUUAACAAUUGCAGCAUGUUUAUUGCCAACAUUCUCUCCUGGCCGGUGCUCAAUACCAUCGGCCGCCGACCGAUGCUUGUUUGGGGUCAGUUGGCCUGCGCUUGUACACUAUUCAUCAUAGGCGGGUUUUCUAUUCCAGGACAUAGAGACACAUACUUGGUCACUAUCGCAUUUAUGUUCCUUUGGGGAUUCAUUUAUCAAUUCACGCUUGGAACUGUGGCUUGGACGGUGGUGGCAGAAAUCCCGUCCUGGCGUUUGCGAUCUCGCACGCAAGGUCUCGCCAAUAUCAUGCUUGUCGCGGUUCAGUGGCUGGUCGGCUUCGUGUUUCCAUACAUGUUCAAUCCCGAUUCCGGCAACUUGGGUGGUAAAGUCGGGUUUAUUUUCGGCUUCACCACUUUCAUAGGCUUCUUGGGCUGCUGGCUUUGGCUUCCGGAGACGAGGAAUCGAACUGUGGCGGAGCUUGACGCACUCUACGCUCAAAACAUCAAGCCUCGUCACUUUGACAAGGCUAAUCUCAAUGACUACUCCCAUAAUACAGCGGCCGCUAAGCCAGAAGUUUUGUGA